GUCACGAUUUGAGAGUCAAACAACCUAUGUGUUCUAACUAUAAAUACCAACAACACAAGCAGAUUAAAUAACAUGUGUACAUAGUGCCUGCAAAAGCCAUAGAUUGGAGGGAAAGCUACCCAAGAUUAGAGUUCCGGACCAUGGCGUCGAUCUUUACUUCAAGAAGAUUCGACUUCUUAUUGAUGGUUUUGUUAUUGUCUGUUGCUGUCCAACCAGCAGUUUCCGGUGGUUAUUAUAGCUCUCCUGCCGUGUAUAAACCGUCCCCGUGGUACCUUGCCCAUGCCACUUUCUAUGGCGAUGAGACCGCCUCUGAAACCAUGGGAGGAGCAUGUGGGUAUGGAAACCUAAUCCAAAACGGGUAUGGAACAAACACCGUGGCGCUUAGCUCGACGCUGUUCAAGAACGGGUAUGCAUGUGGUCAAUGUUACCAGAUUAAGUGUGUACAGUCGCGCUGGUGUUACGCAAGGAGCCCGUUCAUAACGGUCACCGCGACCAACCUCUGCCCACCGAACUGGGCCCAGGACUCCAACAAUGGCGGGUGGUGCAACCCUCCCCGAGUCCAUUUUGAUAUGUCCAAGCCCGCCUUCAUGAAAAUUGCUCAGUGGAAGGCAGGCAUUGUCCCUGUCACGUACAGAAGGGUACCGUGCUUGAGGGCGGGUGGGCUCCGGUUCCAGUUCCAGGGCAACGCUUACUGGCUCUUGGUGUACGUGAUGAACGUUGGCGGUGCCGGAGACAUCGGGGCAAUGUGGGUGAAGGGCAGCAGGACGGCUUGGAUAAGGAUGAGUCACAACUGGGGAGCUUCAUACCAAGCAUUUGCCUCACUAGGAGGUCAAGCCCUGUCUUUCAGGAUCACUUCCCUCACCACUAAACAGACCAUCGUCGCCUACAACGUCGCCCCUUCCAAAUGGAACGUCGGCCUAACCUACCAGGCCAAAGUAAAUUUCCAUUGAAGCACACACCGAACACUUUGGCUUCCACCUUUCUUCCAAUUUUCCUGCAAUGUUUUGCAUUUUUGUGGGAGCAGUUGGGGCUUUUAUUUGAACGCCCUUUUAUCUUUAAAGAACUUUUUGUUGCUUAUUGUUAUUGUUGUUUGUGAGGAUAGUUUUUUUUUUUUAAAAAAAAAAAAACGAACGUCCAUUUUGGAUCUCGGAACGGGAUGUGCAGUCAAUCAUACAGAAGAAAAUAUAAAUAAAUGGUACAAAAUCUUCU